GAGCAUAGUCUUGUUGUCGUUGUGCUAUUUCAAUGUUUCACAUCAGAUCUCCUUAGCAACUUUCAGUUGACCUUCCAGAAUUAGUUGACGAAAAGGGCAUGAACAAGUUACACAUGAGGGAUCUGAAAAAUGGGAAAUUUGGUUAAAGCAUUUUGGCGCGUUUUGUUUCUAACAUGGCAUCAGCGCAAGCAAAAGACAGUCCUCGUAUUGUUAUAGUUGGUGGCGUAGCAGGAGGUGCCUCAGCCGCAGCACGCUGCCGUAGACUUUGCGAGAAUGCAAGCAUCACUAUCUUCGAACGUGGUCCCUAUAUUUCUUUUGCAAACUGCGGAUUACCAUAUUAUGUCGGAAGUGUUAUUAAAACAAAGGAGGAUCUUUUGGUUGCCUCAGUAGGUUUGUUUAGAAACCGACUGAAUGUCGAUGUCCGAUUGCGUCAGGAAGUGACAAAAAUUGACAGACAGAAGAAAACAGUUGAUGUUACGGACUUGGAAAACAAAAGGAGCUAUCAAGAGAAAUAUGAUUAUCUUGUACUCGCUCCUGGUGCUGAACCUAUUCGACCCAAACUUGAAGGAAUUGAUUUGGAGGGCGUAUAUUCCAUUCGAGAUAUACCUGAUGCCUCACAUAUCAAAGAAUGGAUAUCUAAGAAUAAUGCGAAAAGCGCAGUUGUUGUUGGAGGUGGCUUUAUUGGUUUAGAGAUGGCUGAAAAUUUAUGUCUUUUGAAUCUGAAGGUCCAUUUAGUGGAAGCAUUGCCACAGUUAAUGCCUGCCAUGGACCCUGAAAUGUUACCUCCAUUGUACAGAAAAAUGAAAGAGCAUGGCGUAGAUAUUAUUUUUCAUGACGGACUGAAAAGCAUAAAGAAGGAGGAGAGUAGUUCUGGAAAGAGUAGCUUGCGAGUCAUUACUGCAUCGGGUAAUUUUGUUGUUGCGGAUAUGGUCAUCUUAGGUAUUGGAGUUCGUCCGGAUGCCCAUCUUGCAAAAGAUUGUGGCUUAAAAAUAGGAUCAUUGGGAGGAAUUGUUGUUGAUGAGCAUAUGAAAACCUCGGAUGACAAUAUAUACGCUGUUGGAGACGCAGUAGAGGUGGACGAUUUCUUAUUUCCUGGCGAAAAAACUCUGCUGGCCUUGGCGGGGCCAGCCAAUCGACAGGCUCGAAUUGCAGUAGAAAGUAUAUUGGGAAGAAAGAAUCACACUUUCCGUGGUGUGCAAGGAACUUUUGUUUGUGGCGCAUUUGGCAUGGUUGUUGCUGCAACCGGUGCAUCGGAGAAAAAAUUACAGAAAAGAGGUUGGAAGCAAGGUUGUGAAUAUGAAACCGCUGUUAUCCAUGCUGGAUCUCAUGCUGGUUAUUACCCCAACUCGAAGACUAUUCAUUUGAAGUUAAUUUUUGGUUUGAAAGAUGGGAAGAUUCUGGGAGCUCAGGCUGUUGGUGAAGAUGGUGUUGACAAGCGGAUUGAUUGUAUCGCAAUGGCCAUUCAAGCAGGUAUGACUGUGAUGGAUAUAGAGGAAUCGGAACUAUGUUAUGCUCCUCAGUUUGGUUCUGCGAAAGAUCCUGUUAACCUUGCAGGGAUGGUUGCGUCCAAUAUCUUGCGUGGUGACGUCCAACAGACGCAUUGGCUUGAACAUGAAGAGUGGUUAAAUGAUUCCAUGACAAAGAAGGGAGAGAAUGAGAAAAACAUUUUAAUUGAUGUCAGAAAUCCUGAAGAAGUGCAGGCGGAACCCGUCCCACAUGCGCAGAAUAUUCCACUCCGUGAUAUUCGAAGCCAUCUCGAAAAGUUACCAAAGGAGAAGGAAAUUGCAGUAUUUUGUCGUUCGGGACAGCGUUCGUACUUAGCGUCCAGAAUAUUGUGUCAGUUGGGUUAUCACGUGAAGAAUAUUUCUGGUGGAUUUCUUUCGUAUCGAGAUGCAAAGGCAAGUUCGGACAUUAGUGGAUAGCUUUAUAUCUUAUCGUGUUAGCUUCAAAAUUAAAUUUGUUUUUCAUUCCCAUG